UUAUUCCGGCCUGGUCCAUGUCCAGCUCUACUUAAAGCCCAUAUCUUUUUUAUAAAAAAAAAUGCUUGAUCUUUGACCUUUUGAAAUCAACCAACCAAAACCCCCCAUGGCUAUGACAUUAUUAUCAUCUCACUCUCCCAAUCUCUCUUCAUCCCUCUUAAAUCCUCUUCAUCUUGUAAAAAAUUACUCCUACAAUAACAAACAACUCCAAAUUCAACGAAAACCCAGAACUUCCUUCUUCAUUACCAGAGCAAUGAGAGCUGUUGUUCAACGCGUCACCUCUGCCAGCGUUGAGGUUGAUGGCAGCAUUGUGUCCCAGAUUGGCCCUGGCCUUCUUGUCCUCAUCGGCGUUCAUGACUCCGAUUCCGACUCCGACUCCAAUUACCUAUGCAGGAAGGUGUUAAAUAUGAGAUUAUUCCCAAAUGAGAAUACAGGUAAAGCUUGGGAUCAAAGUGUUAUGCAGAAAAAUUAUGAGGUUUUAUUAGUGAGUCAAUUUACACUCUAUGGAACAUUGAAGGGUAACAAGCCAGAUUUUCAUGUGGCUAUGCCUCCACAAAGAGCAAAACCGUUCUACGAAGCUGUGGUGGAGAAUUUUCGCAAGAGUUACAACCCUGACUCGAUCAAAGAUGGCAUCUUUGGAGCAAUGAUGAAGGUCAAUCUGGUUAAUGAUGGACCAGUGACAUUGCAACUGGAAUCACCGCAGACAUCUAAGUUAAGCACAUCUAAGAGUAACAAUGACGCAGAAGAACCAUAACUCCGUUGACCAUGGUUAUUGGAUCAGAAGCUGAACCUGUGUUUAUGUGUUUACCAAAAAGUUGUUGGAACAUAAUUUGGUGGAAGAAUUGUGUUCUUGAAGCUAAUGCACAAGUUGCAAGGCUUGCACUUAAACAGUUUUCAGGGUAGUUUGUUAUACUUGGUUCGGGAGAAUGAUAUUGUUGCAACUUAGGAAAAUUUAGAGGGAGUAGAGAUUGUUUCUUGUACUGAAUUUCUCCGAAUAUUGCUCGGCUAUUCUUUGUGCAUUCAGGCACAAGCCAUAGGUUGAACGAAAGAAGACCUUAUUGCAAAUUGCAAUAGAAAAGGAUACACAGUUCUAUGACUUUUUUACCAGCUUUGAUUGCCAGCUAUUUUGUAUGACCACUGCCAAUUUUGUUUCCUGAAACCUGCAAUGGUUAUUGGCAACACUUCCCUUAUUUAUAUAAAUUGUUACAGGAACAAAAUUAUGCAAAUUAUAUUUUUUCUGAUA